UACACCGCGCCCCCCGUUUCCUCAUUCCCGUCAAUCUCGCCGGCGACACCACUACCCCGCCGGCGCCUCCACCUCCAGGUCCGAUCCAGCCCCGGAUCGUGCAGAGACAGCCGCGGGGGCUCCUCCGCCCUCCGCAGAUCGAGUCCGCUGAUGGGGGUGGUGAUCGAGCGGGAGGAGUGGGCGCUCACCCCUCUCGCCUACCCGCUCCUCUCCGCCGUCGCCCUCGCCGCCGUCGUCCUCCUCCCCUACUUUUCCGCGAGGACCACGACGCACGCCGCCGGGUCCUCUUCCCCGUUCGACGUGGGCACCGCCCCCUUCCUCCAGUUCCGCCGUUCCUUCCUCGUCCUCUUCUCCCUCGCGUCCGUGGUUGAGGGGAUCCAUGCCGUUUUUGGGGAGGAUGAGUACGAGCGGUGUGGGCUCGGCAAGGAGCAGAUGGCCGCGCGGCUUGCCGCCGCAGCGGCGGCUGCGAUGUUCCUCGGUGGCAUUUCCGGCAUUAUCUCCGACAAGAUAGGACCACGAAGGGCUUGCAUAUUUUACUGGAUACUUCAGCUAGCAGUGGGAGCCAUGAAGAGUUUCAGUGCGCUUCGUUGUGCAUGGAUCAACAAUUUCAUUCUAGCUCUGGUCUCUUCAGUGUUCUCUUUCUGUUUUGAGACCUGGAUUGUGGUGGAGCAUGAGAAGCAAGACCAGAAGCAAGAUUUGCUGUUUGAUACCUUCUGGCUGAUGACAUUCUUUGAAUCAGUGUCCCUUGUUGGAAGUCAAGGAAUCACAAACUUAUUGGUUAAUGAUAAUGACAACGGUUUCUUGCUUCCCUAUGCAUUUGCAGCCUCUCUAUCAAUAGUGGGGAUUCUGUAUAUCAGAAAUGCAUCAAGUAGCACUCAGCAUGCAUCUGCCAUUGGGAGCUACCAAAAAUCAUUUUUUGCUCAUGUCAUUAGAGACAAAAGAGUAUUGAUCCUGGUCUUAGCUCAAGCAAGUAUCCAUUUCGCUGUCUCAGCAUUUUGGUUUCUCUGGGCACCAACCAUAGUGGCUGACGGAAGGGAUGCUCAACUGUCACUAAUUUACCCCUGUUUCCUGGCCUCAAGAAUGCUCGGAAGCGCUGGUUUUCCAUGGUUUUAUGGAGCCACGUCUCCUUUCCGGAAUGAAGACAGCUUGACAAUAGCUUACAUUGGUGCUGGGCUCGCUUUGUCUAUUGUGGCUUAUGAUUACCAGGAGAUUGGAACAUUGGUGAUAUUGUUCUGCAUCUUCCAUGCAUGUGUAGGUUUUAUUUUACCUUCACUAGCAAGAUUGAGAACAAUGUACCUGCCAAAUGAACUGCGUGGGGGCAUGAUGAGCUUUUCGCUGUCAGUGGCAAAUGCUGCUAUCUUCAUUUUCAUAUUACAGGGUGCCUACCAUCGAAACGUUGCAAAUUCAACUAUUAUGGGUCUUGCGUCCAGUGGCUUGUUAGGAGCUGGGGGCUGCAUUCAUAUGUUGCGGCGGUGGAGGAAGCACACUCGCCAGAAUACGCGUAGUUUAUAGGAUCUUGAGGCGUCUAAGACUACACAACACGUCCAACUUUUGUAGCGUUCUAGUAUUUCACAUUUUCGUCAACUCCCCUCAUCUGGAAACUCACUGUAACAUUAUUAAUUAGUGAUCACUUGUGCAGCAUAUCAGAAGAUAGGUCCAGAACAAGGUUUUCUGUUCAAAGAAAUUGUUCAGUUGAUGGCUGACAUACUCUGUAUACCGUUCACUCUGCAUGUAGUCUCACCAAAUGACUGUCGACUGAGCAUAGAACCAUUGGUUCAGUGGUCUCUGCAUGUACUCUGCGCUUGCUUUGAUGCUA